AUGGCGCUUGAGUUCACACCCUUGCUUUCCGUCCUGAUCCUACUGUCAUUGCUGAAGGGUUUUGCGGUCGGGAAUCCUCUGCUUCCUGAUACGACCGGCACUGGAUACAGGAACAGAGCACCAGAUUGCUUGGUACAGGUUGGACCAGGAUUCCCAGAAGCAGUAAACAUCAACGUGAGCAUCAUCAGCACAAACCGAACUGCCAGAGUAGUUCACGAUGUCAGCAAACGUUCCACCUCUCCAUGGGACUACAGUAUUAAUGAAGAUCCCAACAGGUUCCCCUCCAAGAUUGCUGAAGCCAAAUGCCACUAUUUUGGCUGUGUGGAUGCCUUGGGACAGGAGAACCACAGCAUGACCUCCGUCCCCAUUCGACAGCAGAUCCUGGUGCUCCGACGCAAAUACAAGGGCUGCGAGCAAACCUACCAACUGGAGAAACUGUGGGUCACUGUUGGCUGUACAUGUGCCAGGCCACUCUCCAACGCUUCUCCUCUAAGAAAGGACCAGAAGAACUGAAUGGGGAUGGAGAUGUUUUAAAGGAGCAUGAGUUGCAUCACCUUCGUAUCAACAGAGAAUGCCCGCUUGGAAACAGCCGUCU